AUUUCCCACAUUUCAUUACGCACUCAGAGCGACCCGCAUCUUUAAAUUCAGCGUUUCUUUCUCAGGUUUCAGCGAGCCGGUGCAUCGCCAGCCUAGGCUAUUUUUGAGAACAUUCUUCCUCUGUUGCAGAGGCUGCACGCAGGGGGAAUGUUAAAUAAAGAAAUCCGCAUCUUUCGCGAUUAAGUCUCCCCUUGCGUUUUCUCGCGGUUUGUUUUCGAAGCCAGGUCGUACUUUUAAAGGCGGUUUCGCUCACUUGGACAGUGGGCAGAAGCGGCGAGCAAAUGCGGAUACUACAAGGCAUAACACGAAUCAAGGCUGGAACAGAAAGAAAAGAAAAGAAGACACCUUCGAUAUUAAAAAAAUAAGAUGGCUAUAUAGAUCAAUUCUUCACAGAAGAGGCAUUGACUGUUCGACGUAUGCGCUACAGUAGUAUGCACGGCCUAUUUCCAACGUAGACUGCGCUCAGAAUUCAGAUUUGACGACCCAGGAGAAUGUACGUAUUAUGCGUAGUUAGGAAUUUAUCGCAAAAUACGUCCUGAACUCUGUUUUUUUCUGUGGAAGAAGUGAAUAAGGUGCGAGUGACUUUGGAUUAUCGCAGAAGCCUUCUUUGCAGCGGCAAGGCUGACGUUACUGCGACUGAACUGAGGAGCGAGGGUGGGAAAGCCCGAUGGAUUUGUGACAGGAGGGGUAGAAUGCUGAGCUAAAAUGUCUCAAAAUAAACGGAUGACUCCCUCAAAAGAAACCUACAGCAAAGUCUCAAGUCUGCUUUGCUCGCAGUGGGGUUUAAAUAAAAACGCUAGCUAACUACGCCCUGAGCAGUCUUUUAAAAGACAGGGUGCAAACCAACAAGCAGUUGCGGGUUGCUAAAAUGACUUGCACGCUGCAGAAGCGGUGAAAAAAUAAACUGCAUUGCCGAGACCGGUUUUUACUAGGAUUUGGACCUCGACUCCUGACAUCUGGAAGUUCGGAUGCAAGUAAAUGACUGGUUUGAGCUACAGAAUCCGGAACCUUAUGACGGGCUUUUCUGGCCGUGUGGGUCCUGCUUACUCCAGCUACCGACUCCCACACAAAAAAGAACCGUGUCUGUGCCGCCGUGAGUGCAGUGCCGCAGCUAGCGUUAGCUGCUAGCUCCACAUCUCAGCUGGCAACUGCCCGAGGUUAAGCUAUAGCAGUCUUCGUGAAACAUAAAGAAGGCAUCUGAAUGAUUUUGGAGAAAGCUGAGUGAAUCGCUCCCGAGGAAACCGAGUUUGGGACAGGGGGCCUGUACCUUUCAAAAUAUAUAUAUAUAUAUCUGUGAUCCUUCGGACGGUGUGGAUUUACUGUAGUCCGUGGCUGGCUGAACAGUCCUGUACGGAAACAGCGUAAGAUCUUUACGUAGAAUACGUGUUUUCCUAGGGAAGCAUUGGAUGACAUUGCAGUCUUUUCCCUUCCAUCUGGCCCCGGUGGUUGGGGUUAAAAUAGCGUAAACUGCGCUGGGUAUUGCGUUGGGGAAAAAAGAGAAGGUGGAGCGCUGUCCGUUGUACGUGCUGACGCAGUGGGUUUUCUACGUCUGUCCGUCGUGCGUGGUGACGCAGUGGGAUUUCUACGUCUGUCCGUCGUACGUACUGACGCAGUGGGAUUUCUACGUCUGGUCAGCGCUUCCCGCCGCCCCUCCCGCUGUGACGGUGAUGGGUCGGAAGCGGUGUGUCGGUGCAGAUUGUUCCAAGAUGGCGGCCGGGUGCUGCGGGGUGAAGAAGCAGAAGCUGUCAGGGUCCCCCGGGUCGGGGGGUCCUGGCGGGGCGGGGAGCGGGGUAGCUGGGACGGGACACUGCGGAUCUGACUUGGGGAUUGGCUCCUCCUCGACAGUGGCGUCGGGGAGCGUGAAUCGAGUAAACGGCCUGGGGGGUCCUGGGGGUAGCAGUAGCACCAACAACACCAACGCGCUAUCCCCAACUCCCGGAGCCUACAACUCAACCGGCCUCUCCCCUAAUCUCAGCCCCGGAUCUGGUUCGGGCAGCGGUGGUAGGAAGAUGGUCGUUUCAGCGGAGAUGUGUUGCUUCUGUUUCGACGUGCUUUAUUGCCAUCUAUACAAUUACCAGGCUCCCCGAACACCCAGGUUUACAAACGACCCUUACCCGCUGUUUGUCACGUGGAAGAUUGGCCGGGACAAGCGGCUGAGGGGUUGUAUAGGUACAUUUUCUGCCAUGAACCUGCAUUCAGGCCUCAGGGAGUACACACUUACCAGUGCCCUUAAAGACAGCCGCUUCCCCCCCAUGACCAGGGACGAGCUGCCACGCCUCUUCUGCUCCGUGUCUCUGCUCACCAACUUCGAGGACGUGGGCGAUUACCUGGACUGGGAGGUGGGUGUACAUGGCAUUAGGAUAGAAUUUUUCAAUGAAAAAGGAUCAAAGCGCACCGCCACCUACCUGCCAGAGGUUGCGAAGGAGCAAGGAUGGGACCAUAUUCAGACCAUAGAUUCCUUACUACGAAAGGGAGGUUACAAAGCUCCCAUCACAAACGACUUCAGGAAGACCAUUAAAUUGACCAGGUAUCGUAGUGAAAAGAUGACGAUGAGCUACGCUGAGUACAUCGGCCACCGGCAGCAUCAUCACUACCAGAACGGCAUCGGACACCCGCUCCCCCCCUACAACCAUUAUUCCUGACAGCGAGCCGCAUGACCAGUCACUGCACCUCUCUGCGGACCUGUUCCCAGGAGAGCCCGCCCCUUCCUGGUCUAGCUAUCUCUACUACUGUACCAUUUUAUGAUGAUAGUUUCCGUUGCCAUGCCAUCUGUUCUGGACAGUAGCAUGGCAGCGGGUGGCCACAGCAUCAUUUGAUUAUGACGAGAAAAAAAUUUAAAUCUUUUCCUUUUACCCUCCUAUUAAUUUCAUUUUUGCAGCAUUAAUAAUCCCAUUUCUUCCUUAUUUUUAAAAGAAUAAAAAGUAGAUUUUUUUUCCAACAAUCCUGAUCAGGUUUACUGUGUCUGUGGAUGGAAGGAAGGGUUAGGGGUGAUCUCUUUUAGUUUGUGUGCUGAACUUAUACGUGCAUUCAUUUAGGGCGGGUAGGUGUUUGUUUUUCCUUUUUAUAUCAUUUCUUAUCAGCCUGAUUAAAAGUGUGUAUCAAGUUGGUGACCGCAGGGCUUGAGGCUUCAGGUUCUCUGUGUGUUUCUUUACGAAGUUG